AAGCACACAAUCUUCACGGAAAUAAAAAGACUAUAGAACGCAAACAUACACUACCAGAUGCGACAUUUGGAGACGAGGAGCAAUAGAGACAUAUCUUACAAUUAAUGAGGGGGAGGGGAAAUUAUGUUAUAAUUCGAACCUCAGGGGCAUUUCGCAAGUUUGAUCCCAACAAUGUUUACUCCAAAAUAACAAUAUAUACGCUAAUUCUCGGCAAACCAGCAAUGUCAUCCUUAUAUUACCAAAUGUGUUUCCUUUGUAUUGUACUGUAAUCAAAGACAACUCGACAAACGUCGUAUACCAGACAUCAUUCAGAAAGGUUAAAUAAACGUUACAAGGGUACGUGAAGGCAACACCGAUAUACUGUAAAGCGUUGUAGUCUGUGAACAACAUUUUUCAACUGUUCAGUGUUGUGUCCAAAACACGAGAUAAACCCUGGAACAAACUACCGAAAUACUACAUUAGCUGGUUAGCUAAAAAUGUAUUUUCGCCAGAUUUUGCGGACGCAGUUACUCGGGACCAGAACAGCCCACCUGCAUCGCUUGCACCUUGUUUGUCGAGCCGAGGUAGCUGCUCUGAAAAUAAACCAUCUCAUUCUUAUCAACAUUUUAUUUUCCUUAUGUGCAGCUGAGCAUUUUGACAGUGAUUGCCCUACCAGCCAUGGUGGUGGCUGUAGGGAUUGUGCAGUGCCCCACCACCGAGAGAGACCACUGUGCACAACGAGUGACGAGGUGAGGCUAGCAGAGAAGGCCAGCAAGAAGUACGGCUUCCCAGCUCCAACCAUCUUCUCUAAAGUGAUCGACAAAAGCAUCCCUGCAGAUAUAAUCUAUGAAGAUGAAAAGUGUUUGGCAUUCAGGGAUAUCAGCCCACAGGCACCUGUUCACUUCCUUGUUAUUCCAAGGGUCCCUAUUCCCAGAAUAAGCGAGGCCAAAGAUGAGGUUGCUGAGCUCUUAGGACAUUUGUUGGUUGUUGCCAAAAAAGUGGCGAAGCAAGAAUCUUUAGUUGAAGGCUACAGAGUGGUGAUCAACGAUGGAAAGCACGGUGCUCAGUCAGUUUACCACCUUCACCUCCACGUCCUGGGAGGAAGACAGUUGAAGUGGCCACCCGGAUAAUGGCGACAUAUGUCUGUUAGUCUUCUCAGGCUCCUCUUAUAUGUUUAAUGCCAUGAGUAUGACUUGAUACUUCCCAUCCCUCUGUACAAAAAGGUCAAUUCACCACAAAUAAUUGUUUGAUGUAUGUAUGUUGAUCUGGACAAAUUCCAAUGGUAAUACACAAUGUUUAAUAUGGCUGAAAAUAAAGAUUUUUUUCUAAUAUGGAA